UCUCCAUCAGCUGACUGCUCAUAAGUUAGCUGGUCAGUUUAUGAACAUCUUAGCACAAACUAACCGUCAGCAUGAUAUUAUUCUGCCGACACUGCCAGUCAGCUCUCAGUAGUUACCAGCAGUUCACUAAUUUUUAGACACGUAGCAGCUCACGAUGGUGGUUAUUUUCUAACCCGCUGUCAGUCGAGGGAGGGAGAGCGAACGUUAGCUUAACUAGCUUGAGCUACAUCGAGAAGCUAACAGGCUAAGCUAGCCGAUGUGAGGUGCAGCCAUGGAGGGGAUUCUGUACAAAUGGACAAAUUACAUGACAGGCUGGCAGCCACGCUGGUUUGUCCUAGAGAAUGGAGUCAUCUCUUAUUAUGACAGCGAGGACGAUGUUGGUAAAGGAAGCAAAGGAUCUAUCAAGAUGUCCGUGUGUGACAUUAAAGUUCAUCCGACAGAUCCAACGCGUCUGGAGCUGAUAAUUCCUGGUGAGCAGCAUUUUUACGUUCGAGCUGUGAACGCUGCAGAGAGACAGAGGUGGCUGGUGGCUUUAGGCUCGUCCAAAGCUGGAACACUAGACAGUCACAAACACAAAGGUCCAGAUUGUCUGAAGACAAAGAUGUCUGAACUUCGUCUGUACUGCGAUCUCCUCGUCCAGCAGGUCCAAACGAUCCAAUCACAGCACACUGCUGACACAGAGGAAACGCCCACCUCUGAGGCCUCUCUCCUCAGUGCAACCUGUGCAACUUUCAUCAGGACUUUGGAAGAGUGUAUGACCCUCGCCAACCAGAGUUUGACCCCUGACCUCCGACCUCCUGAAAGGAUGAAGAGGUCAAUCAGUCACCCAGGUACAUACAGCUUUGACAGGUCAGGGGUACUUAAGGAGUACUUGAGUGGAGGUCAACGGUCAACUCAGCGCAGAAACCGGACAUGCUCAGACAGCUCUGUUUAUGAUACUGAACGUGUGCUGCCCAGUGUCAACGGCGACUCGUCAUCCAUUCCUGAAGAGAGAGGAGGCAGCAUGAGCCCAAAGACCACACCCACUGACACAGACACUGACCUAUCCAUCUGAAGACCUGACGUCCGUCAGAACCCUGCUGGACUCUGCAAGAGGUCAAGAACAUGCUGAUCAAUAUCAGAGACAGUGACUGCAUCCAGUCGAGAUAUUGACGUCAUCUCUAUUAAACAGAGGAUGAACUGACAGACGUUUGAUCUCCUCAAAGAUUGUCCUUUAUGUACUUUUUUCUCUGAAGUCAGCUGAUUGCCAAACACAUGCACUUUGGAAUCAUAAUACUUUUUUUUCCUGAAGGCUGUCUUAAAGUGUUUCCUUUGCACAGAACACACUGGAGAGACAGAAAACACAGCAGGAAAGACCUGAACCUGAGACAUAGUGAGUAUAGUAUGUGACCUGCUGCGGUAGCCACAUUCAUACAAUAUGGAUACUUUCUGGGAGAUGACUGAAGCCUUGGAGUCUGGAAGGAGUGUGACCCGAGGAUCAAAUCCUGGAAAAAUCUGUGAACAAAGUGAGUGAAAGUUGAGUUUAACCUGGGUUUCCUUUGUGGCAUCCAGACUCUGAUUGUAGUCGGCAGCUCCCUGGUACAGUAUGAAUAACUGGACUGAUUGUUCACUGCUUUAAAUGGACCAGAGAAUGUGCAGGAAAUGUUCAAUUUUGGAGGUCGUGGUGUCUUCUGAAGUUUGUUUUUGUGGCAUUUUGAUAAGUCAUUGAAAUCAAGUCUGUAUUUUCUGCCUUUUCCACAUACUCAAGAGCUUGCCUCACUUUAUCUUUCCUUGGGAACUUCUUCCAGGCCUUUAGGUAAAAGGAAGAACUCUGUCCCUCUUCCUGUCGGCUUCUUGUGUUUGAGGUUGUUAGCAGCGAGGUGUGAGUGUAGCUGAGGAAGAAACCAGUCUGAUAAACGGUGUUUCUCGAAGGUUCCUGAAGCCAGUUAUCCUUUACAGUAUACUCACAGCGAGCUUCAGAUGCCAAAGUUUGCACAAAUGUAAUGAUCUACAUUAAAUGUGCCAUCAUUGUUUUCUCCAAGCAAAGCUUCUUCUCCAUAGUUAACUAGUCAUGAUCAGCCAGUUUGAAAACUCCAGUAAGAUCUGCAGCUCUUUGCUUGAGGAGGGUUUUUUUGUUUUUUUGUUUUCCUCUGCACUCCAAAGACAAGUCAGAUCUGGUGAAUGGAGUCUCUAAAUUGCAGAACAGUGUGAAUGUGUGCAAGUUACUGCCUUUUUAUGUUUGCAUUUCUUGUGUGUUUUCUUGCCUUUGUUUUUAGUGAUGAAUUCCAGCCAAAUGUGACCCUGAAGAGACAGAAAGUACGGUGGCCCUGAGAGCUCAAUAUACUGCAACUUAAGAAAACACAACAGACAAAUUAAGAUACACAUUAACAAAUCUGUUUUGUUGUGCUGCACAUGUAUGAGGCAUGCUCUCCUUUAUUUGAUGGUGUUUUAGCUAUAUGCUUUCUUCAGUCGCAGUGUAAUGAGCUUUCAGGGCCGCCGUAAAUAAGUGCUUUAAUUAAGUGCAUAAAAGAAUGAACUUGGAUCGUGAUUGAAGUUCAACUGUGAAUUCAGAUGAUGCCUUUUGCACACAUGGUAGUAUGUCUUUCUCUGUAGCUGCACUUUACCCAGCCAAAGCUGCGUCUGUUAGCAUUAGUAGAAUGCAAAACCUUUUUACAUUUAAUUUUCUGGUGUAAAACAAAUUAAUCAUUUCACUGAAUAGCAAAUCUAAGCAGUAAUAACUCGGCGGUGUCUGCAAACCAAGCACCAAUUUGUGGAUCUAGUUUUCUGUCUUGAUAAAUCACCUCUUAAGUCUGCACCUUGUGGUCUUGUGACCUGCUUUGCUGUUUAAACACAUGCAGAAGACAUCAUCCGAACACAAAGUAAACAAUCGUGACGUAAACAGUCAACAAAAGACAAAACUACACUGACCUUGUUUCUGUUUCGUAGGGACAGAGAUUUCUUGUGGUGUAAUUUCGAUGAAGAAUCUUCACCUUAAAAACAUUUAAGGAGAAAGUUCAGUCCUUCACAAAUGUCAGCUUUGGCCAAAAACAUGUUUGUUGCUGUUGUGCAUUUAAAAUUAACUUUUAAGACACUUUAAUGUGAAUUAAAAAUGUCUUCUUUUUUUUUUGGCCUGGUGAAUUACGUCCAAACAGACUAACUGCAGCUGUCAAAUCCCAAAUGAUAAAUCUCUCCACCAAUCAGUUACCUUCACAUUCAGUUAUAAGAGAACAUAAAAUAAACAACACCAAACACAUAGAGUAACCUUUCAGUGUGUAGGUGUGGUUGUUUAGCACUUUAGAUUUAAAAACUGUGUCCUUUUUUUAAUGUUAGCACUCUGAAAAAAGUGAUAAAGGUACUGUGGUGGAUAACAGUAACGAUGAUUGUGAAAUAUUUUUGUUUCUGGUGGGCCAUAUUUUUGAAGGGAUGUUUUGGAGUUGCAGCAGCCUUAUAUGUGACAUUAAUAGUAUUUAAAACGUACAAGACUUCUUGUAUUACUCUCACCAAAAUGUGUGUUCAGUAUUUGUUAUGAACACACUCAGACUGUGUUUUCUUGAAUUUCACAUCCCUUUCUUUGAAUACUGUGAAGAAUAUGUUUCUCCAGAGGUUGUAAAAACAAAAAAGCCACUGCAGGUUUAAUUUCCCGCGCAUGCUGGCUACAUGUCCAGCUUCUGAUGUGAGAUAACUUGUGAUUUUACAAUUAUUUAUAACAGCAUGGUAGUUCUAUAAUUUAUCUUGAAAUGAUCAUUUAUAUUCCUCUUGCCUAUCAGAUUAUUUUAUUUAUGGUUCAAAUGAUGGAUUUUGCAGGAGAUUGUAAAGCAGUUAAAAAUAAUUUGUGAACAAAUAUUAUAUAAGAAUGACACAUAUUUAAAGAGGGAGAGGAGAUCAACAUACAUUAUAUGGCUAUUUCAAAUGACCAUUUGCUGUAAAAUUUAUCCCCACAUAAAUUAAUGUUUUUAUAAUUCAUUUUUUUUCAGCAACUUUUAAAUAAUGAAUACAAGAAUGCUCAUGAUUGUGAAUGUUUUCUAGCCAGUGUUUUGGAAGUUUUAACACCCUUCAUUUUGAUUUUAUUGUUCCCUUUAAAAGGACUAGUUCAACAUUUUGGGAAAUUUGCUUCUCUGCUCUCUUGCUGAGAAUUAGGAGAUGGUUACCAUUCUCAUAUUUGUUCUGUAAUUAAUGUGAGAUAUACCAUGUUUAUAGGUGAGUUUUGAUUGUGUUCGUUGUUGGAUUUUGUUAUUUGGGUGCAGCCAGGCUUGCGGUUUCCCGUGUUUCCACUCUUUAUGCUAAGAUAAGCUAACUAGCUCCUGGCUCUGUCUUCAUAUCUGCGGAACAGACAGAGUGGUAAUAAUCUGCUCAUUUAAGAGAGUGGACGAUCUUUUGUUUUUUGUUGUUUUUUUUUUUUUGCCAAAAUGUGGGACUAUUCCUUUAAGUCACUGAGUUAAACUGCUGAAUUAAAACUGAAUCAUAUUUUCUUUUCAUUAUUCUUUUUCAUAAUUUUUGUUUCAUUGGCAGCCUGUUCAGUUUUUGGACAAACCAGCAGAGAGAUUUUCAUGCCUUAAGUGUCUCUGCACGAAGUAACGUGUGUGGUUGUAUCAGACUUUUCAUUGUCUUAAUAAAUAAAAAAUAUUUUAAACUGAA